AUGGAGAUAGAAGAUAGGCUAAGCUGCUUUAAAAUAAACAAGAUAUAUUGGAAAAUUCUGGGUAUUUAUCCAGAUACAUCAAAAAACUUGUAUUUAUCCAUAUACUCAAGAGCAUUUGUUUUCAUUUUUAUAUUGGGAUAUGACAUUCUCUACACCAUAAAUUUAUUUUUCAUUCCACGUCAAUUGGACGUAUUUAUAGAACAAAUGAUAUUAUAUUUAACAAUACUUGUGGUGUCAUCGAAAGUUCUGUGUUUCAUAUUUAUGGAGAAGAAAAUAAUGAAACUGCUGACAAUUUUGGAAAGUGAUUUAUUUAAAACAGAUAAUGAAAUGGAGCGUCAAAUAUUGCGUAAAGCGAAUAAAUUCAACGUUAAAAGUUGGAAGAUAUAUGCGAUUGUGUCGUAUAUUUCCAAUCUGACACAUGUGUCGUCACCGUUUAUCAUUCACCUUUUAUUUUCUGGUAAACUUGAACCACCGGUGUGUGGUUACGAUUUUCUUUCCGAUGACACAAAACAAAGAUUCAUUUAUCCCAUAUAUUUCUAUCAAAGUAUAGGAAUGCACUUUCACAUGCUGAACAACGUAAAUGUGGAUACGUUUAUUUUGGGAUUAAUGAUUUUUCUUAUCGCCCAAUUGGAUAUUCUGCAAAUGAAGAUGAAAAAUAUAACCGAUCAGUCGUCGUUUUUGCGCGAAGAGCCUGACGACGAAACCUCCGGAAUAGAGCCAAAAAAGUCAGUUAUUGAUACUAUAUUGAAACUUAAUAAAGCUUUAGUACAUUAUCAAGAUGUUACCGAGUAUUGUUAUCUGAUAGAAGAUGUAUUUUCAAAGGCAUUAUUUACACAGUUUAGCAUCGCCUCUGGGAUCAUUUGUGUUUGUCUGUAUCGCUUUACGUUGCCCGCUCCAUGGCAAUACUACAUAUUCCUAACUUCAUAUAUGGCCAUAAUGAUUGUACAAAUUUUGAUCCCUUGUUGGUUUGGGACGAGGAUAAUGGAUAAGAGUACUCUUGUGUCUCAAGCGAUAUACCAGUGUGAUUGGACUUCGCAAUCGGGCCGAUUCAAAAGCAGUGUGCGACUUUUUAUGGAGAGAGCGCAACGCCCUCUGACGAUAACGGGCUGGAAAAUGUUCCUAUUGUCCCUGAGUACUUUCACGUCUAUAAUGAAUUCUGCGUAUUCAUUCUUUACUUUACUAAGGCACAUACAGACCAGAGAAGAUUAA